AACCUUCCACAUUUGUCUCAAACCUUCAUUGCUCUUUCUAGAAUGGCAGAAACAGAGAACUACUCUGCUCCUGAGGAAACUCAAGAUUUCUUGAGCUCAGACGGCUUAGAACCACCUCCUUACACUUUUGAAGAUACGCAAACAGAUCCCACUCCAGCAUGCGAGCCUCCAGCAUACUACCCACCUGAUUCAGGACCUUCCAUUGAUCCCACAGAGGAAUAUCAACCUGAACCACAUGAUGGAGACCCAGGUUGUGAUAAAGACACAACAGAAUCCACUCCUGAGCUGGCAUCAUCACCAUUUGAUGAUAAAACAGUCAGGAGAGCUUUUAUCAGGAAGGUGUUUGGCCUCGUCACCCUGCAGCUGGUGGUGACCUUCAGCAUCGUGUCUGUGUUCACAUUCUCCAGUGUAGUGAAGAAAGCGGUGCAGUCUAACAUCUGGAUCUACGUCAGCUCCGUUAUAAUCUUCCUGGUGGUCAGUUUGAGUUUGAUCUGGAGCAGGUCCUUCAGUCGGAAGCAUCCCUGGAAUCUGGUGGGACUGGCAGUGGUCACACUCAGCCUUUCCUUUAUGACGGGCACCGUCGCCUCUUUCCACGACUCCACAGCUGUGGUCAUCGCUAUGGGAGCCACUCUGGCUAUCUCCUUUUCUAUCAUCCUCUUCUCCAUCCAGAAUUGCGUGAGCUUCACAGUUUGUUACGGAGCCCUACUGGUGAUUUUGGUGGACCUAGUCAUGUUUUUGAUCUUCUGCACAUUCUACUACAACAACGUCCUGCAGAUCGUCUAUGGAUGUCUGGGAGCUCUGCUCUUUGCACUGUUUCUCAGCGUGGACUGCAUGAUGGUGGUCAGCCUGGGUCGCUACGGCCUGGACCCUGAGGAGUAUGUGUUUGCCGCCCUCAUCAUCUACCUGGACGUCGUCAUGAUCUUCCUUUACAUACUGGGGAAGAGAUGAACACCUGGGAGAACCUCAACCUGAUGCACCCGAACACACACAUUCAGGGGUCAAAUGAGAGAGGACUGGGUGGCACCCAAGACUUCUGUCAUUCGAACCCUCCACACACCGCCAAACCUAGGUCAAUUACUCAAAUCAAUAAGGUGUUUCUAAGGCAGGGGUUUUCAACCGGGGAUCCGCAGCCGCCUGGUGGUCAGCGUGGGCAUUGCAGGGGUUCGGCGACAAGCCUAUGUUGAUCAGUCCACCAUUGAUUUUUAUUUAUUUAUUUAUAUUUUAUUAGUGUCAGAAUCUCACAUAUUAAAAUGUUUCAGAUUCUAUGUAUAUUGUGUUAGGUUUUUAAGUAGAUAUAUCUAGAUUUGUUUGAGGUUUUUAAAUGAAAGCAACAUGGAAAACCAAAUGUUCCUUAUCCACAUGCACGCACACACACACACAUGGGCACGCGCGCGCAGGCACAUCAGUGGGCCGCGGAUUACUUUCUAAUACUAAUGGUGGUCCCUGGGACAAAACCAGUUGAAAACCCCUGUUCUAAGGGAUUGAGGUACAUAUAAUUCAUGUUACAGUUGAAUCCUUUUAGACUCAUCCAGUGGACUAAAGUGCACUGAAGUAUUUGACAGUUGCA